UUUACACUUUCAUGAUCGCGCUCGUCGCUCCGCAGAUCGUUGGCUCGGUGACAAUCUGAAUGCAUCGUGAUGGUGCCUUGUGUGGGGAAACUGGGAGCGUCAGGCUGCCUGCCACACGUUCGGCUCUCGGACCACAUCGCGACUUUUUAUUGACUAGUCUUCCAGAGGAGGGACCCUCUUUCCUCCAAGAGCCUCUCCCAGGCAAAAGCUCCCCCUCCCCUUCCCCACUCGCGCCCAUCAUCUCAUUCCACUCUCCCCUCCCUCAGACCCCCUGACACAAUGCGUUCCUUGACCUCCCUGCUUUUGGCUGCGAGCUGCGCCGCUGUUCUUCUCGGCACAGCGCAGAGCUCCGUGAUCGAGCCGAGACUAUACAAUGCCGUCCGUUUUCCCGACCCCGUCGACGAUCCUUUUUACAAAGCUCCUGCCAAUCUGGCCAGCCUGAGUCGAGGUGAGAUCAUUCGCGAGCGACCUGUCGACACCAUCGUCGGUGCCGCUGCCAAGUCGGCGCACCAAAUCUUGUACCGCACCGAAGACUCUGUCGGUGCUCCAGAUGCCGUCGUGGCCACCGUCUUUGCUCCGCACAAGCCAGCUCCCGGCCCACCCAAAAUCCUUGCCAUUCUCUUGCCUCAGGACUCUGCUUCCUUUCAUUGCUCUGCCAGCUGGGCCCUGAUACCCGGAACGACCAAUCCGCUAAACACCGCCGUAGUUGGAGCUCCAAACUUACCCGCUUUCUACGCUGCUCUGGCGCAAGGCUGGUACAUUGUCGCGCCGGAUCACGAAGGCUCCAAAGCCACUUUCAUCGCCGGACCUGGUGCGGGUCGAGCUUCUUUGGACUCCAUCAGCGCCAUUCUCCAACACAAAGCCACCAUCACCGCUUCGACUGCUGGAUACACAUCGGCUGCGUACGGGUACAGUGGUGGAGCACAUGCAGCAGCGUGGACCAAUCAGCUCGCUUCGUCUUACGGCUCCAGCCUCAACUUUGCCGGUGCGGCGUACGGCGGUACCGUCGCUUAUCUGCGACCUGUCAUUGACCAGCUCAACAAGAGCCCUUUUGCAGGAUUCGGUGGCGCUGGCAUCGCAGGUUUGGCCAAUGCUUACAAGGAGCUGGACGACUACAUCAAGACGGUCGUUCGACCGAAUGGCACCGCGGCGCUCGAAAGGCUUCGAGGUCCUCAAGGCUGCACUCACAAUGAGAUUGGCGACUUUUUCGGCAAGGAUGUCUACUCUUACGUCACGGUGCCCAAUGUUCUCGAUGAGCCCAUCCCCAAAAAGUACAUCGAGCUGAACAAUCUUGGCAAGGAUGUUUUGCAGAAACCAGCUUUCAUCUAUCAUGCGGCUACGGAUGAAGUGAUCAACACUCAGCAGAUCAUCGAUUACUACAACGAUCAGUGCAAGAGGGGUGCCUCUUCCAUCCAGCUUGCCAUUGCGGACCCCAGCACGCACUUUGUGCCCCUCGUGACUGGCCUUCCCCCCGCUUUCAUCUUCCUCAACAAGAUCCUCAACGGCAAUCUGGAUCACAAGGGCUGCUCCAUGACGCGAGGACUCGUGCCUAGCCUCAGCAGCUCGGCAGCCAAGACUGCCCUGGGCCAGCAAGCAGUUGCUGCUAGUUUCGCGUUGCGUGGCACCAAGAUCGGCUCCGAGACCAUCAACUUCUGAACAAGGCUUGCCAUUCAGCUCGACGUGGUUGGCGUGGUCUAGAAUACAGAUUUGCCAUUCGUCUUCUAUACGUGCACCGCGGUGUUGCUCGUCUCAUUCAGCAAGACGAGACAAAGACGAUCCUUUUGAUUGCCUUUUAUGCGUAGUGAAUCAAGUUUCGCAAUAUAAACCAGCUGGGAACCUUUUUUUGAGCC